UGCUGAGUGACAGCAUAGGACCAGGGGGCAUAAAGGGUGGCAUAGGGCACACAAGGACAGACCACCACACAAGUCAGUUCGUAAUCCAGAUUUGUCAGAGCACAACAGGACCCAGUGUGCCACCCAGAGUUCUGUAGAAUAUUUUGGAGUGCCAACUUCUGUCAAAUAGAGCUGCCCAGCUGGAAUGCAUAGAUCUAGCUACUGCAGAGAGGAGACUACUCUGUGCCAGGGGGUAAACAGUACAUGGGUCCCUCCUGCGGAUACUGUGCCUGAAGCCAGCCUGACCCCACAUAGCCCUCCAGCUCCAGACAGUCCUGCGCCCAGCCCCAAGCCUGGAUAUGGCUACAGCGCCUGCGAGGAGAAGCCUGGGGACCCGCGGAUCAGGCGGCCUAUGAACGCAUUCAUGGUCUGGGCCAAGGAUGAGAGGAAGAGACUGGCACAGCAGAACCCUGACCUGCACAAUGCUGUACUGAGCAAGAUGCUGGGCCAGUCCUGGAAGAACCUGACCAGUGCAGAGAAGCGCCCAUUUGUGGAGGAGGCUGAGAGGCUAAGGGUCCAGCACCUUCAGGAUCACCCCAACUACAAGUACCGUCCCCGAAGGAAGAAGCAGGCCAAGAAGCUCAAGCGCAUGGACCCUUCCCAUCACCUGAGAAAUGAAGGCUACACCGGAGGUCAGCCGAUGGUCAACCUUUCACACUUCCGGGAACUGCACCCCCUGGGGGGCUCCGGUGAACUAGAGAGCUAUGGGUUGCCUACCCCUGAGAUGUCGCCUCUAGAUGUGUUGGAACCCAGUGAGCCAGCUUUUUUCCCUCCUCAUAUGCGGGAAGACCCAGACCCUGGACUCUUUAGAACUUACCAGCAUGAGAUGGAUUUUAGCCAGGAGAAGACCCUGAGGGAGAUCUCUUUGCCCUAUUCCACUUCACCAUCACACAUGGGAAGCUUCCUCAGGACUCCCACGCCCUCUGCAUUUUACUACAAACCUCAUGGAGGGUCAUCGGCACGCACCCCACUGGGCCAGCUCUCCCCUCCGCCUGAGGCCCCAGCUCUAGAUGCCAUGGACCACCUAAAUCAUGCUGAGCUGUGGGGUGACUUUGACCUAAACGAGUUUGACCAGUAUCUGAAUAUGAGCAGAACUCAGGGGCCAGGAUACUCCUUUCCCAUGUCUAAGCUGGGGGGGCCCAGGACUAUACCCUGUGAAGAGAACAGUCUUAUUUCUGCUCUCUCUGAUGCCAGCACUGCCAUGUACUAUACCCCCUGUAUUACUGGCUAGCAUGGGACUCCUCAGGGACCAGGGGUCAGUGCCUGGCGCAAUAGUGGGGCAGCUGCAGACCUGGGCACAGCAAUGUAUCCAAUUUUCACUUUGUAAAGAGAAACUGUGGGGGCAUUUGAAAUCCCAUCCCAGCAGCACCAGUUCCACAUAGCAACACAUAUUAAUGGGAACAUAUACUCAUUAUAGGACCUUUCACUCCAUUAUUAUUGCUCUACAUGAAGCUGCGUGACUAUAACCUCAAAUGUUUAAUAAAUCUCUGGCCCCAAAACAUAUUAUUUCUCCUUUUCCCACAUCCUCAUGGAUCCUGAUCUUGCUGCAAACAACUCAUUCAUGUUGUCUAUCAGCUGCAAAUGCCAAAUCAAUAACUGGCCAUUGUACAUUUAACCCAACAUAGCCCCUAGUACAACCAACAGCUCCUACUCUCUCAGCAGGACUCAAGUUGUUUGCAGCAGGAAAUAUUAGGCUGAGCCAGAGGGUGGUCACUGAUAAAUCCUUAAAUUGUUUAUUGUGUGUACAGAACAUUCCUUUUGCUUAAACAUAAGCAGUGGGGUGUCCACACUGCCCCUUGGCAUUCAGCUUCCUGCAGAACAUGAACUCCAGGGUUCAAUACCUUAAAUGAUAACCGUAGUAUGGCAGCUCCCACCAUAACAUUUAAAUCUACAUUAUGCUCAGUGCACACAAGGGUUCAUUUUAACCUCUUACCUGCAAAUCUCUUUGAUCGUGCUACUCCUUGGUUUGCCAGAUAACACACAGCAUUGGUCAAAGAUUAAACCUAAAAUAUUCCCUCAACCGUGCCAGUAGUCAGGUACGGCAGGUAAGUGAUUAUGGAAUCUACCUUCACCUGCCCAUAUGAACCUUUAUAAUCCUGAAUGUGUGCCCCUCCCCCAUUCACCCCUGGCAGAGUGGCAGGGCCCCCACUUUGUAGUGUAAUGACCUGGAGUCACAUGUUCAUUGUGUUUUAUAUUUGUUUUUGUAUUUUUCCAUAAAAAAAUCUGACUUUCUU